AUGUCUACAAACUCACCACCACAGCCACCGCCCCGCUCCCUCUCAGCCGGCGACCACCCCCACCAGCAGAGUCACCACAACGGUAACGUCCAGGCUCUUCACUCUCACUCCCACUCCCACUUCCCUUCCCGCCCUUCCCCUCUUGGACCCGCGUCCAUCACCUCUGCACCCACUCCUACUGCCCGCCGCCCCAGCAACUCGUCGUCUACCGACAUGUCUGCCGUCGGCUCUGCUCUUGGAAAUGUUUCUCGCCGGGGAAAGACGCUGGGGCGCGCCCAGCAACUUCGUGCCAAUGCCGAUGGUGUCGUCAAGCGCCGCUCUGGAGGUGUUCUUGGUCGAGGAUUCAUUCUCAAGACUGACCACUACCCGACCGGUCGCGCUCUCGACCUCGACCUCAAUGUCCAGGGUGCUCCCAACUUCCGUGCUCCUGACGAGGAAGGUCUGAACGUCUACGGCGUCGCACAGCCAACCGUUCCAGGCCUCAAGUCGAUCCUGACCAUCCUCGCUUGCCAGCCUCACAAGCCCGAGCCUGCCGGAGAUAACGCCCUGGUCAUGCGUCGCCGCCCGUCCACGACGCCGCUGGAGUCGAGCCAGUGUAUCUGGUUCAGUACCCGUGAGGAGACCCUUGUCUACAUCGCCUCCCGUCCAUAUGUGCUGCGCGACGCUUCUGCUCCCCUUCAAACCCUCCACCUCUCAGACCGUGCCUCCAACUUGGAGGAUAUCGAGCGCCGUCUCAAGCUCGAUAUCCUCGAGGAGGCUAGCCGCUACGGAGGCCUGAUCCUUUGCCACGACGAGGUGCAGGGCGGUGAAAUCGUCCCUACGUGGGUGUCCGUCGAUGAGAGCAUCAUUCGUACCCCGAAGGAGGUCUAUGAUGAGCUCCGCAAGGAAGGUUGGAGGGUCGACUAUAACCGUAUCCCUGUUGGACCGGACAGGCCUAUCGAGGACAACUACCUCGAUGCUUACGUCUCGGGGCUCAAGGACACUGACCCGCUCACCACCUCGCUCGUGUUCAACUGUGGCAUGGGUGUUGUCCGAACCACCUUUGCCAUGGUUGCCGCUCUGCUGGUUCGCAGGGCACAGUACCUGGAGCGUGGCCUUGAGGACCCGUUCCCGGCAGCUGGUUCGGGCUUUGCCACUCCUAUCCCCGGAGCUUCCGCUGCUCCCGCGUCGCAGGCUGUCCAGUUCCUUCAGCAGGCGACUCAGCAGCAGACCUUGAACAAGAGUUUGUUGAAGGUCACGAGCAUGCUCGACAAGAGUCUUCCUUCGCGUCGCUCCACCGCGGCCAUCGACCUCCUCUCGUCCCACCCCAACCUCCUCGAGUCUUUGCGCCGUGCGCACAUGGGUAACUACCAGAUCGUCCUCUCGCUUCUGUCCAGCCUCGACCACGGCCGCGAGAUCAAGGCCCUCGUCGACCAGAUCAUUGACGACUGUGACGCUGUCGUCAACCUCCGCGAAAACGUCAUCGAGAACCGAAUCAAGUACAGCGUUGCGUCGCGCGAUGACAAGCAGAGCCAGGGGUACCUCGACCGUGCCGUCCGCUCUCUUGAGCAGUACUUUGACUUGAUCGUCUUCGCUGCCUACGUAGAGCACCCCCAGGGCAUGAGCUCGGGAGCCAAGUUCUCUUCGUGGCUCAAGGCCCGUCCCGAGAUUUGGAACCAAAUCAAGAUCCUCCGUCGCCGAUGGGGCGACCGCUUGUUCGCUUUUGCUCCUGCCAAUGACCUCAGUGUCAUUUCCAGGUCGCUUGACCUCGGUGACCGCCGUGACCUCCGCAAGGGCCAGUCUGAUCUCGAGGGAGGCAAGGUUCUCGGUGACGAGUGGGCUGAGCAUGUCGUCAAGAACCGCAGUGGCAUUAUGCUCCGUGCAUCAACUCUUCUCAAGCGCGACCUGUGGGUGGCCGACUCGGCAGCCUCGACCGACGGCGUCCGCGGCGCCAUCGGUUUCCGCCAGGUCUUCAACACUUCUAUCUACGCCACUGGUCAGCCGACGCAGGAGGCUAUCACGGCCAUCUUGGACAUUGUCAAGGAGCGCUCGCCUGCGGUUACCAAGGUGGUCUGGGUCUGCCUGCGUGAGGAGCCGCUGGUCAUGAUCAACGGUGCCCCCUACUGUCUUCGUCGUGACACCACGGCCCUGCGUAACAUGCGCGACUACUCCGGUGUCUCGUCUGCCCGUCUUGAGGUUCUCGAGGAACGCCUCAAGAGCGACGUUGUCAACGAGCUGGUUGCCUUCCAAGGCAGUGUUCUCCUUCACACCGAAGCUGCCGAUGGCCAGGUUGUGCCCCUCUGGGAGAAGGUCAACAAGCACGACGUCGAGUCGAUUCGCGACGUCAUGGACGAUGUUGCCGCCCAUGCCACCGAGGUGGACCUGCAGUUCCAGCGUGUCCCCAUCACCUCGGAGUCUUCGCCUGACUUCCACGAUAUCACUCAGCUUUUGGACCUUUGCAUGUCCAUCGACUUGGACAAGACCGCCAUCAUCCUCAACGACCAGCUUGGUCGCGGACGUAGCUCCAACACUGCCGUCAUUGUUCUCCUCAUCCAGCGCUGGCUCAAGCAGAACCGGGCUGGUCGCACCGGAAACGCCCAUCCUCCGACUACGCCGCGUCGUCGCGACAUGUCUCGCCGUCGUCUUCCUGGCUUGGGCCAGUCCAAGAUCAGCUGGCAGAUUAUUAACAGCGCACUGCGUGUCAUUCGUAACGGUCUCGAGGUCAAGCGUGUUGUCGACGAGGCUAUUGACAGCACAUCGGCUGCCUUCAACCUCCGUGACGCUAUUGAGGACUUCCGUGACCAAGCGCAGGAGGCCAAGACUCCCGAAGAGAGGCAGAGCGCAAUUGAGAAGGGCAUGCACCACCUCAUGCGCUACUUCCACCUUUUGGUCUUCCAGGCAUACCUGGACGACACUGUUCCUGACGACGAGACGGCCUUCUCGUUUGAGUCGUUUGUCAAGCACCGCCCCGUGUUCAAGACUCUCGAACAGGAGCUCCGCUCUGGCGGCGUUUCGAGCUUGAUGCCCAUUGAGCGCGCGGACCCGGCCACCGGCAUGGCGCUCGAAGACGAAGAGGCCCAGGUUGUCGCCAGCCGUACUGGAGCUAUUCUCUCAGCCCAGACGAUUCUCAAGUCGGACUACUUUGUUGGUCUGCAGAAGCAGAGUCUGCCAGAACGCGUCGACGGUGCUGCCAACUACCGCCAAGCUCCUCUUGUGCUCGAGAAUAUCCCCCUGGACAGCCACGAUCAGGAUGCCAAGGAGAGCUGGGUGUACGGUACUGGUAUGCCGAGCGCCGAGGGUUUGCGUAACGCCCUCACCAAGAUGGGCUGCGCGCCUGGUGGCGACAGGAAGGUCCUUUGGACUUCGCUCCGCGAGGAACCCGUGCUCUACGUCAACUCGCGCCCGCACGUCCUGCGACUUAUUGACAGGCCUAUUGUCAACAUUGAAACUACCGGUGUGACUGCGGCUGUUGUCGAGCGCAUGGAGUCGCAGCUCAAGGAGGAAGUUCUCAAGGAGAUCCGCCUCAUGGGCGGUAAGAUGCUCCUCCACGACGAGGUGGAGACCAAGCCCGGCGUCUAUGACAUUAUCCCUAUUUGGGAGGAGGUGUCCGAAAACGACGUCAUGACCCCCAAGGAGCUGUACCAGCAGGUCAUGCGCGAGGACUACCACGUCGACUACUUCCGCGUCGCUAUUACCGAUGAACAGGCCCCUCUGCCGGCCACGAUGCAGACUCUCGUCCAGCGUGUGGUCAAGGGUUUGAAGGAAGGCACAGACUUUGUCUUCAACUGCCAGAUGGGCCGUGGCCGUACCACGACCGGCAUGAGUGUCGCCUCCUUGAUCGCCACUAUUGUCAAGGGCGACAUGACCAAGGAGGGCAUCGCGGACGAGGAGGAUGACGGCAUUGAGGAUGAUGGAGACGUGCAAGACUCGUCGCAGUUCCUCAAUGGCGAAUACAAGACCAUUCUCCAGCUCGUCACGGUCCUCAGCCACGGCAAGCAGGCGAAGCGUCUCACCGACAAGAUUAUGAACCAGAUGGAGGGUGUGCAAAACUUGCGCAAGGCCGUUUACGACUUCAAACUCAAGGCCGAAGCCGCGGAGCCUGGAUCGCAAAAGCACAAGACGCUCAUGCACCAAGGUGUCAACUAUCUCUACAGAUAUGGUAUGGUGAUUGUGCUUGCCAACUUCCUCCUCGAGACCAAGGAGCAGGGCACGCCGAUCGACGAGGCCGACUUCACUCGCUGGAUUUUCCAGCACCGCGAGAUCCGCAAUGUGCUGAGCCGCAAGACUUUGGACUGA